AUGGGAGAAGACAUUGGUGUAGAGGAGUUGGGAGAUGGGCAGACAGAGCCCGUGAGGUCACAAUCAAGAGACUCCAUCCCAUUAAAUGACCUAAAGUCAGAAGUAUCACCCCGGAUUUCAGCAGAGGACCUGAUUGACCUGUGUGAGCUCACAGUGACAGGCCACUUCAAAACACCCACCAAGAAAACAAAGUCCAGUAAACCAAAGCUCCUGGUAGUUGACAUCCGGAAUAGUGAAGAUUUUAUUCGGGGUCACAUUUCAGGCAGCAUCAACAUUCCAUUCAGUGCUGCAUUCACUACAGAAGGAGAGCUAACCCCAGGCCCUUACACCACUAUGCUUCAGAACUUCAAGGGGAAGGUCAUUGUCAUCGUGGGACAUGUGGCAAAGCAUACAGCUGAGUUUGCAGCUCAUCUUGUGAAGAUGAAGUAUCCAAGGGUCUGUAUUCUAGAUGGUGGCGUUAACAAGAUCAAGCCAACAGGCCUUCUCACCGUACCUUCUCCUCAAAUAUGAAGAGCCAAGAGUCCAUCUGACAAAUGGACAGAAUGGCACCAAUGCCCAGCAGCACAUUCUUCACAGCCAUGUAUGUCACUCUAAGACAGAACUAGACGUCCAGAGUAUUGCAUUUCCAUAAAGCUUUGCCAUGACACAUUUUCGUAAAUCUCAUAACCCAAAUAGUCUGCUGUCCAGGCAAGAAACUUGACUGUACAUGUAUUGCUAAAAGAAUUCUCUUAACAGUGAAAUCUGAUCAUGUAUUUUUACCACACUGCCACAUAAAGCUAGAGGAAUGCAACUGACAGGACAGAUUUAGCAUGAUCAAGAAAUCCCAGUUGCACCGAAAAAGCCAUCCCCCAUUGUAGUGAACAGACAGUCCUAACAAGGGUGUCGUGUAGCAAUACAGACUGAAUGUGGCCUGAAAUUAUCUUCUGUUCAUGAUAACAAAAACUGGAAAGUUAUUCACAGUGUAUACUUGUAAAUAAAUGCAAUGUUUAGGAAUUCAUUUACCCACAUAAUCACUCUUGUACGUGUGGGUGUGUGUGUGUGUGUGUGUGUGUGUGUGUGUGUAUGCACAUAUGUUUAGAAGAAGUGGACUUUAGCCCAUUUCAAAAAGCAGAAAUAGUUUAUUCCCAGAAAAAUGAAAUUCAGGAACCAUUCAUAUUUCACCAAAUAUUUGUUCAAUGCCAAUAGCAGAGGCCCAAAAACUGACUAAAAUAAUUGUAGUUUCCUUAUCACAUAAAAGGCUACGUAGUCAGGCUAGUGUAUUGACAUCAUAAUCCUUUAAAACCCAGUCAGUCUCCUAUUUUAUUUUUUUAUCUUCUCAAUACAUGGCUUCCAUCUCAUGGAUAAAAAGGCUACUCUGUUUCCAUCUUCAGAUCUGUGAUAUAGAAGAAAAUAAAAGAGAGGGGACGAAAAGAGGAGGGAAGGAAUAAGGAAGGAAAAAAGGAGAGGAGAGGAGGCAUAAACUAUCAGUUGCGUACAUCACUUCUGGUUACACCACAUUAGCCAAGACUGCAGGACUUACGCACGUGGCCACAUCUGGUAUAAGGAAAACUCUGAUUAUGGUCUUUGGCUGAGUGGCCAUCUUCCCAGACAAAAAUACCUUGUUACUCUUUGGGAGGGAGGAGGAAACACAUUAGGGACUGCUAGCACUCUCUGCCACAUUAAUAGAAAAAUACUCCACUGAGUCUAAGACACUGUCAUUUUACUCACCACAAAGAAAGGAAAAUGCAGCCAAAUAAACUAAAACACACCAUUCAAUAAUAAAUUGCAUAUUUUUUCAGAUUUCUGAAAUGGGAAUGUAUCUUAUAAUUGGUGAAAUAUAUCUUUGUCUUCAGUUUUAUUUUGAUUAAAAAGUAUUGAUUCCUCUGUUACUUAUAUUCCUCUUCAGUGUGAAAACUGCAUAGUCUGAACAUUUUAAUAAGAGCCUCAGCUUUCUGGGCCAUGGUUUUGUUGCUGCUGCUGUUGCUGCUGUUUAGUUUGUUUUGUUAGCAUCUAUUUUUAUUGAGAUACGCUGUGCAUACCAUAAAAUUUGCAUACACUUUUAAAACAUACAACUCAGAGCUCAUGCCUUUAAUCCUAGUUACUCAGGAGGUGGAAAUCUGGAGGAGUGCAAUUCUAAGCUAGCCCAGGCAAAAAGUUAACAAGACCCCAUCUGAAAUCAAUAAGCUGGGUAUGGUGAUGCAUGCCUGUUAUCACAGCUGUGAGGGAAGCUAUAGGUAGGGAGAUCAAGGUCCAGGCUGGCUGGGUAAAAAUGUGUUACCCUACCUGAAAAAU